AAUUUAUUUUCCCAAUUAUAAGCUUCAAAAAGAUGAUUGACGGCGUUUCUGAAAGAUUGGAAACUGGACUUUCUAGUCGCCCUUUUGGAUUAACGUGGCUACUUCCUGAACGGUUUUCUACUUCUGAGAUAGGACCAGAAGCAGGUUUUGUGAUAUUUGGGUAACACUUAGCUACUUCUUGUUCACGUAGAAAUCUUUGAUAAAAUUUUCCUUUCUUCUUACAACCGAUCAUCUGAUUGGUUGUUAAGAAAUUAGAGGAAAGAAAAUAAAAUUAACAUGUUAUAUGUUAUCAUUUCAAUAGCUUUUCAUCGCUUUUUGCUUGAUUGGUUCUGUUAUUGAGUCUGUUAGAGUCAGGUACUCUUUGCUUGCCUUUUACCAAUAAAAAGGACUGAUAAUGGUUUUUUUUUUUUUGUCAUAUCUUUCCGCCCCUGAUCAUUAUAUUUUAUUUAAGGUAUCCUGAGAUGGUUUUUUUUUUCUCUUUUCUUUUCUUUUCUUUUCUUUUUUUAUUUUUAUUUUUGAAUUUCCUUUUCAGUAACUACGGUUUUAGGCAUAAUCACUGCCAAUGUUUUCAAAACCGGACCGGUUAUUGAACCGUUUUUAGGUUUGGUUCUCGGUUUGACCGGUUCAACCGGUUGAACCGGUGAACCGGCUGGUUCAAACAAUAAGGAAGGUUUGAUGAGAAGAGCAAGCUAUAGGCAUGGAUUUUUUUAUUUGGUGUUGAUAAUUUUGUAAUUUUGUUAAAGUUAAAGGUUAAAAUGGGUAUAAGAAAGGAAUGGGAAGGGUGAAAUUGGAAAAAAUUGAAAGAAGAUUG